AUGGAAGUCCUCGAGCUUCCCGCCGAAGCAAAUCCGCUCACGGAGAAUCUGCUCUUUCACGUGCUCCGGUCUGCCGCAUCGAGCGAUCCGCACCAGAUUCAGACUGGCACGAAACAGUUGCAGAAAUGGGAAUCCGAGAAGGGUUUCUACCCACUACUCCAAGCCGCCUUCAUUGACAAAUCCUUGCCUGUAGAGAUCCGCUAUCUCGCCAUUAUUCAGCUGAAGAACGGCAUUGACAAGUACUGGAGGAAGACUGCCACGAAUGCGGUCAGCAAAGAAGACAAGACCCUCAUCCGUUCGAGGCUACUGGAAAGCGGAGUCAAUGAGGCUGACCAGAGGCUUGCAUUGCAAAAUGCCCUUGUCAUCGCAAAAAUCGUCAGAUUCGAGUUUCCGCACGACUGGCCAGAUGUCAUCAACCACGUGCUCGAUCUCCUCCGCCAGUCCACGUCCCCAGGCGCCAACCCUCUCUAUCUGCCGCGUACCCUCUUGAUCCUUCUUCAUAUCAUCAAGGAAUUGGCCACUGGACGCAUCAUAAGACUUCGCUCUAACCUACUGUCCAUCUCCCCCGAGGUCUUCCGUGUCCUCGGUCAUAUUUACAUGGAAAAGGUCCAGCAAUGGCUGGCAUUCCUGCAGCAUGGAGGCGACGAUGAAGGGGGCGCUCUGGAAAGUAUCGAGCAAAGUCUACUUGCCAUCAAGGUCUUGCGUCGAGUUCUAGUUUCAGGAUUCGAGUUUCCCAACCGCGAUUCUGACGUGCAGCAAUUCUGGGGCAUUGUCCGGAAUCAGCUGGGCGAUUUCCUCACAAUCACAUCGCAGGAACCAUCCACGCUCUCAUCUCCUGUGAAAGAACUCGUCGAAAAGCACCUCCUUCAGCUUGCUAAGCUGCAUCUUGAAAUGUCAAAAACUCACCCUGCUGCCUUCGUUCUGCUUCCCGACUCCAUAAACACUACCAAGGCUUAUUGGGGACUUAUCGUCAAGUUUGGCGAGAACUUCGGCAUCAAACAAGCCUCCAUGGAGGGGCAGAUUGGUACUGAUGGCGACACAGAUGACGAUGAGAAAUCCAUCAUGGAACGUCUCUGUUUGAAAGGCUUGUUGCUGAUACGGGCAUGCCUGAGGAUGGUGUUCAACCCAGCGCAAACUUUCAAGUACCGCCAUGAGCAAGAGAAGCAGGAGAGAGCCGAAGCGACGCAGCUAGUAAAACAGGAGCUCCUCGGUGAAGAUUUCGUACGCGAAAUGAUGGAGACCGUGGUGACGCGUUAUUUUGUCUUCAGGCCAAGUGAUCUUCGUCAGUGGGAAGAGGAGCCGGAUGAGUGGGAAAGACGAGAAGACAUGGAGGGUGAUGAUAUUGAGUACUCGAUAAGGUCUUGCGCCGAGAGACUCUUCCUCGAUUUGGCCAUAAACUUCAAGACUCUCGUCCAACCACUCCUCCAGGUGUUCUAUUCCGUGGCUUCACCAGACAACGAGAACAUCCUCUUCAAAGAUUCCGUCUACACUGCUGUCGGCUUAGCGGCCCCUGUUCUUCAUCACGAGCUCGACUUCGAUGGUUUCAUCAGAUCCACGCUGGUCGCCGAGGUUCAAAAGCAGAAGCCUGGCUACAAUCUUUUGCGCCGUCGGAUAGCGAUAUUGCUGGGCCAAUGGAUCACGAUCAAGGUUUCUGAUGAAACUCGGCCCCUCGUCUACCAGAUCUUCGAUCACUUGCUCAACAAAGAAGAUCCGUUGAACGACCAUGUUGUCCGCGUCACGGCCGGACGCCAGUUCAAGAACAUCGCUGAUGACUGGGACUUCAAGAUUGAGGGCUUUAUGCCCCAUGCCUCGAAUGUGCUAAACCGCCUAAUGGCUCUCAUCGGCGAGGUUGAACUGAGCGAGACGAAAAUGGCGCUUCUGAAUACCAUCAGUGUUGUGGUCGAGCGCCUCGAACAUCAUAUUACGCCAUAUGCGAACAGCAUUGUUUCGUUGUUGCCACCUCUUUGGGAGCAAUCCGGUGAGGAGCAUCUCAUGAAGCAGGCAAUCCUCACAAUCCUGGCUCGUCUCAUCAAUGCCAUGAAGGCCGAGUCGGUCCCCCUUCAUUCCAUGGUGAUCCCAAUCAUCAAGAACACUCUUGAACCUGGCUCGGACACACAGGUCUACCUUCUAGAGGAUGCCCUCGAACUGUGGCACGCAGUACUCAUCCAAACACCGGUGCCGGCUUCCCCAGAGGUCCUCUCGCUUGCACCGUAUCUCAUCCCCACACUCGAGCUCGGUAGUGAAAGCCUCCGGAAGACACUCGAGAUUGCAGAGGUGUACCUUCUCUUAGCACCAACUGAGAUGUGCUCCGACCAUCUCCGUACAGCUCUUUUGAGCUCGCUUUCAUCGCUUCUCGGCUCCCUGCGACCCGAAGCUAACGGUCUUGUCACUCACCUCGUGGAAGUUUACUUCUUCACUGGUCUCCUGGAUGGGCUGAAGGGAGCCUGGGAAGCCCACCAGAAGACCGGCCCCAACGCUCGGCCCUCUGCUGUCGACGGCAUUGUCGAGACGGACUACUGGACCGUCAUUGCCCGUAUCGGCCUCGCCUCCAACCGUGUUCUCCUCGGCGCCAUCGAAGCUGCACAAACCCGGACCUCGGCCGACGGUACACAAGAUGCUGCCGAAGCACUCGAAGCGCGCAUGAAGUGGCUGUUGGAGGAGUGGUUCGACCACCUUGACAAUAUCGCGGCACCGGUCAGCAAAAAGCUGAUGUGCUUGGCUAUCACAAAGUUGCUUGAGACCGGCAAGGACUGGAUCUUGAUCAAGCUGCAAGACCUGAUGACAAUGUGGACGGACAUUGUCAUCGAACUGACAGAUGGCAAUGCGGACCCAAGCGUGGAUUGUUUGGUAUGGCAACGCGAAGACCAGCAGGCAGAGACCCCUGAAGCACCAGACGAGGUCCGCCGCCGCGAUAUGAUUUUUACCGAUCCCGUUCAUAUCGUGAACAUCAUGCCCUUCAUCCGUGACCACUUGCAGCAAGCCAUAGCCGCAUGUGGUGGGCAGGACAGGUUCAGAGAUGAGUGGUUGGUCAACGUAGACAAAGACGUGAUUGAGGCUUUCGGAAAGCUUGGAAUCAUGUAA